AUGAAGUGGCUUUCGUUGACUUUCGCCCUCGUCGGCCCCGUCCAUGCCGCGCUGCGCUUUGGGUGCUCGACGGUGAGCAUCCAGCGGCUCGACCCGCUCGUCGAGCCCGGGAAGCUGCCGUCGGCCCAUGUGCACCAGAUCGUGGGAGGCAACGCCUUCAACGCGACCAUGGAAGGCGACAUCGCCGAGCAGGCAUCGUGCACGACGUGCACCUUCUCCGAAAACUUCUCCAACUAUUGGACGGCCGUCAUGUUCUUCAAGCACACCAACGGCUCGUACAAGCGGGUGCCCAUCAUGCAGAACACGGCCCUGCCCAACGGCAUCAACGGCGGCAUGACCAUCUACUACACCCAGCAGGACUUUAACUCGAACGGGAACCAGAAGAUUACCGCAUUCAAGCCGGGAUUCCGCAUGACGGUCGGCAGCCCGACCUACAGCGCCGCGCCGGGCUCCAGGGGUAACCCGGGCCUGCGGUUCGUCUGCCUCGAGAACAAAGGCACGCGCUUCCCCGAGCUGCCCAACUUCCCGACCCAGCCCUGCCGCGGCGGCAUCAUGACGGUGCACCACUUCCCCGCCUGCUGGGACGGCAAGAACCUCGACUCGCCGGACCACCAGUCGCACAUGUACAACACCGUCCGUGAAGCCUUCACGCCCGCGGGCCCAUGCCCGGCGUCCCACCCGGUGCGCAUGCCGCAGCUCGCCUUCGAAACGCUAUGGGACACAACCCAGUUCAACAGCAUGUGGCCGACGGACGGGUCGCAACCCUUCGUGCUCAGCUACGGCGACCAGCUCGGGUACGGGACGCACGCCGAUUACGUCUUUGGCUGGAAGGGCGACGCCCUGCAGCGCGCCAUGGACUCGUCGUGCAUGUUCAACGCGUGCGAGAACGGCCGGCCGCUCAAGAGCCAGAGCGUGGCCGCCAUGAAUGCCUGCGCCGUCAAGAACCAGGUGAGGGAGGAUUUGGAUGGGUGGCUGGAUCAUCUCCCCGGCCAGGGCCCGAUGUAG